AUGGAAAACAAUAGAUUUUAUGCCAAUCAAUCAUGUUAGAGAGAAUUAGAGCAGCAACUUAAGGAUUCAUUUUUAGAAAAUAAACUCUUAAAAUAAGAAAACAAAUAUUUGUAAAUUCUUAAUCUAAUCAAAAUAGAUCAUCUACAUUUGAAGAAUCAAAGUUAAAAUAGGAAGAAACAAGGAAAUUGCAAUCAUUAGUAGUUGAAUUAGAAUAGAGAGUAUUCACUUUAGAAGAAGAGAAUGCUAAGUUGUAUGCUGAAAUCGGGUAUCUGUAAGAGUCACAUAAAAUAUUAUUUCAGAAGAGGAUUUUCUUAAACAAACGAGAUUUUAGUGAAUUCAAAACCUAGUUAUACAUAAUUAGAGCAAGAAUUAUAGGAUUUAUAGAUUUACUUGAAAAAGUUCAUUUAGUUACAGGAAUCGUAAUUAAAUGUAAUAUAUUUAAUAGUUUAAUUGAGCAAAUACCAAAUAUUAAUUUGCAAUUAUGUUGGAAAGAAAUUAAUUCGAUAUUUAAAAGUCAAUUUAAUACUAACCAAUCAAUUUAGAAUUUGUAAGAUGAAUUAUAGUUGAUUGAAACAACAUAUAAAGAACUUGUCCAUUCAAAAGAUAAUAGCUUGACACACUUAUAAGAAAUGGCUAAAUGUAAUAAUAAAUCUUACAGGUUAGAGUAAAGUAUAAGAGAGUCACGAGUUGAAAUAGAGAGAAUAAGAAAAGAAGUUCAAUUAAAUUAGAUGGAUUUAAAGUAAUUUGAAACCAAGUUGAAUGGGUUACAAAAUGAGUUUACAUACAUAAGUAAAAUAGAAACUAGAAAAAACAAUGUGUAAAUGGAGGCUGAGAAACAAUUGAUAGAGUUCAGAAGAGGAAUAUCAAGUACAAAAAACUCAAAUCAUAAUGUGACUUUAAUGAGAGAUACUUUCAAAGAAAGAGAAACUUAUAAAGAGGUGAUACCUGAAAAAAUAAGGGAUUCAUCUGAAGUACUUCAAGUGACUUCUUCAAUAAGUAGAUUGCAGAGACCCUAAAUUGAAAUAAACGUUAGGAAUGAUGAUUAUCAAGACAUUAAAACUCCAAUAGAGAAAACUAUUGAUUAGACAAGGAAGAAGUUAAGUAGAUAGUUAAGUUAAGCAAGUAGUCUUCGUGAUUAAAAAUAUAUUUGA